AUGAUCUUUAACAACUUUGACAUAUCUGCUCGAUUUUAUAGUUUCAAACAAGAUGUAAGCAACCACAUACAGCAAGGCAUCGCUACCACCGUUGAAGAGCAUGUGCAACACUUACUUGCUCUCUCCUCUAUAUUGUUGCUGAAGCCAGCGCGCACCCACAAAGAUUUGCACAAGCACAUUGAUCUCAACACAUGUGAUGCACUUUGCCAGCAUAUCAUUGAAAAACAUAAAAUAACUGAUCAGUCGUUUCCAUCUGAAAUCAAACUGCAACUCGAAAAAACCAUAAUGCAAUUGGAUGUGGACGAUGACCGAGAUAAAGCAUGCACGCGCCUAGCAGCAUCACGGCAAAUUUCUGCCCUGAUACAAGACGAUGAUGUCCUUAAUCCUGUCAACAGGAUUUUGGUGGAAAAGCUGCCACGCUGCAUCUUUGAAAAUGGGCCCAAGGAAACGGAACUGAUCACACGACAUUUGGAAGCGAUUCUCAGUCCUCUUUUCGAAGACUUGGAUAAUAACAUAGCAUUUCGAUGGACAUCUGUCAGUGAUGACGAAAAGUAA